CCGCGCGGAGAGGCCGGCGGAGAGCCGCGGAAGUGCACUUGCUGCAGCCAUUUCCUUCUCUUUGUGCGGGCGGCGCGGAGCAUCCGAGCAUCGCCUCCCCGAGCCCCGAAUCCAGCGCCAGAUCUAGUGUGGAAACUGAACAGCUGGCACCAUGACGACCCACGUCACGCUGGAGGAUGCCCUGUCCAAUGUGGACCUGCUGGAGGAGCUGCCGCUGCCGGACCAGCAGCCAUGCAUCGAGCCACCUCCUUCCUCCAUUAUGUACCAGGCUAAUUUUGACACAAACUUUGAAGACAGAAAUGCCUUUGUGACUGGAAUCGCCAGGUACAUCGAGCAGGCAACAGUGCACUCCAGCAUGAAUGAAAUGCUGGAAGAAGGCCAUGAGUAUGCCGUGAUGCUGUACACGUGGAGGAGCUGCUCAAGAGCCAUUCCCCAGGUGAAAUGUAAUGAACAGCCAAACCGAGUGGAGAUUUAUGAGAAGACAGUAGAAGUUCUGGAGCCAGAAGUCACCAAGCUUAUGAAGUUCAUGUACUUUCAGCGCAAGGCUAUUGAGCGGUUCUGCAGUGAGGUGAAGCGCCUGUGCCACGCGGAGCGGAGGAAGGACUUUGUCUCUGAGGCCUACCUCCUCACCUUGGGCAAGUUCAUCAACAUGUUUGCUGUCCUAGAUGAGCUGAAGAACAUGAAGUGCAGUGUCAAAAAUGACCACUCAGCCUACAAAAGAGCUGCCCAGUUUCUGCGGAAGAUGGCAGACCCCCAGUCCAUCCAGGAGUCCCAGAACCUUUCUAUGUUCCUGGCAAAUCACAACCGCAUCACACAGUGUCUGCACCAACAACUAGAGGUUAUCCCUGGCUAUGAGGAAUUGCUGGCUGAUAUUGUCAACAUCUGUGUGGAUUACUAUGAAAACAAGAUGUAUCUCACACCCAGUGAGAAGCAUAUGCUUUUAAAGGUGAUGGGGUUUGGUCUGUAUCUUAUGGAUGGGAAUGUCAGCAACAUCUACAAACUGGAUGCCAAGAAGAGAAUCAACCUUAGCAAAAUAGACAAAUUCUUCAAGCAGCUGCAGGUGGUUCCUUUAUUCGGCGAUAUGCAGAUAGAACUGGCCAGAUACAUUAAGACCAGUGCUCACUAUGAGGAGAACAAAUCCAAGUGGACGUGCACUCAGAGCAGCAUAAGUCCGCAGUACAACAUCUGUGAGCAGAUGGUCCAGAUCCGAGAUGACCACAUUCGCUUCAUUUCUGAGCUCGCUCGCUACAGCAACAGUGAGGUGGUCACUGGCUCAGGGCUGGACAGCCAGAAGUCCGAUGAAGAGUACCGGGAGCUCUUUGACCUCGCUUUACGGGGACUGCAGCUGCUGUCCAAGUGGAGUGCCCAUGUCAUGGAAGUGUACUCUUGGAAGCUGGUUCAUCCCACCGAUAAGUUCUGCAACAAGGACUGUCCAGGAACAGCAGAAGAGUAUGAACGAGCUACCCGGUACAACUAUACCAGCGAAGAGAAGUUUGCCUUUGUGGAGGUAAUUGCCAUGAUCAAAGGUCUACAAGUGUUGAUGGGCCGGAUGGAGAGUGUCUUUAACCAAGCCAUCCGCAACACUAUCUAUGCAGCUUUGCAGGACUUUGCCCAGGUGACGCUGCGAGAGCCCCUCAGGCAGGCAGUAAGGAAGAAGAAGAAUGUCCUGAUCAGUGUUCUUCAAGCAAUUCGAAAGACAAUCUGUGACUGGGAAGGAGGUCGAGAGCCACCAAAUGAUCCUUGCCUGAGAGGUGAAAAGGACCCCAAGGGUGGAUUUGAUAUUAAAGUCCCACGACGAGCAGUAGGACCAUCAAGUACACAGCUCUACAUGGUGCGGACCAUGCUGGAGUCCCUCAUAGCAGACAAGAGUGGCUCCAAGAAGACUCUGAGGAGCAGCUUGGAUGGGCCGAUAGUCUUGGCCAUCGAGGAGUUCCACAAGCAGUCGUUCUUCUUCACCCACCUUCUCAACAUCAGUGAAGCGCUGCAGCAGUGCUGUGACCUUUCCCAGCUCUGGUUCCGGGAGUUCUUCCUGGAGCUGACGAUGGGCCGCCGCAUCCAGUUCCCCAUUGAAAUGUCCAUGCCCUGGAUCCUCACGGACCAUAUUCUGGAAACCAAAGAACCCUCCAUGAUGGAAUAUGUACUGUACCCCUUGGACCUCUAUAAUGACAGCGCGUACUAUGCCUUGACCAAGUUCAAAAAGCAGUUCCUGUACGAUGAAAUUGAAGCUGAAGUGAAUUUAUGCUUUGAUCAGUUUGUGUACAAGCUGGCAGAUCAGAUCUUUGCCUAUUAUAAAGCAAUGGCUGGCAGUGUUUUGCUGGACAAACGUUUCCGGGCUGAAUGCAAGAAUUAUGGGGUGAUCAUUCCAUACCCACCAUCAAACCGCUAUGAGACACUGCUCAAGCAAAGGCAUGUCCAGUUGCUGGGCAGGUCAAUUGACCUGAACAGGCUCAUAACCCAGCGUAUCUCAGCAGCAAUGUACAAAUCAUUAGACCAGGCCAUUAGCCGCUUUGAGAGUGAGGACCUGACAUCCAUAGUGGAGCUGGAGUGGCUCUUGGAAAUAAAUCGCCUGACUCACAGGUUGCUGUGCAAGCACAUGACUUUGGAUAGCUUUGAUGCCAUGUUCCGGGAAGCCAACCACAAUGUCUCUGCACCCUAUGGGCGCAUCACCCUCCAUGUCUUUUGGGAGCUCAACUUUGACUUUCUACCCAACUACUGCUACAAUGGAUCCACCAACAGGUUUGUGAGGACAGCAAUCCCCUUUACACAGGAACCCCAGCGGGACAAACCAGCCAAUGUUCAACCAUAUUACCUCUAUGGGUCCAAGCCUCUCAACAUUGCCUACAGUCACAUCUAUAGCUCCUACCGCAACUUUGUGGGGCCACCUCAUUUCAAGACAAUCUGCAGGCUGCUUGGCUAUCAGGGGAUUGCCGUGGUCAUGGAAGAGCUGUUGAAGAUCGUCAAGAGCCUGCUGCAAGGCACCAUCCUGCAGUAUGUGAAGACUCUGAUAGAAGUCAUGCCCAAGAUAUGCCGCUUGCCAAGACACGAAUAUGGCUCUCCAGGAAUCCUGGAGUUUUUCCACCACCAACUGAAGGACAUCAUUGAGUAUGCAGAGCUGAAGACUGAUGUGUUCCAGAGCCUCAGAGAAGUGGGCAAUGCCAUUCUCUUCUGCCUCCUUAUUGAGCAGGCUUUGUCCCAGGAAGAAGUUUGUGAUUUGCUGCAUGCUGCUCCCUUCCAAAAUAUUUUGCCCAGGGUCUACAUCAAAGAAGGAGAACGCUUGGAGGUGCGCAUGAAGCGUCUCGAAGCCAAGUAUGCCCCACUUCACCUCGUUCCCCUAAUAGAGAGGCUGGGCACUCCGCAGCAAAUAGCCAUUGCUCGAGAAGGUGACUUGCUGACCAAGGAGCGGCUGUGCUGCGGCUUGUCCAUGUUCGAGGUCAUCCUGACACGAAUUCGGAGCUACCUGCAGGACCCAAUCUGGCGUGGACCACCCCCAACAAAUGGGGUCAUGCACGUGGACGAGUGUGUGGAGUUCCACCGGCUCUGGAGUGCCAUGCAGUUUGUGUACUGCAUCCCUGUGGGCACCAAUGAGUUCACUGCAGAGCAGUGCUUUGGAGAUGGUCUGAACUGGGCAGGUUGUUCUAUCAUUGUUCUCCUUGGGCAACAACGACGCUUUGACCUAUUUGACUUCUGCUACCACCUGCUGAAGGUGCAGAGGCAGGACGGGAAGGAUGAAAUCAUUAAAAACGUGCCCUUGAAAAAGAUGGCUGACAGGAUAAGGAAGUAUCAGAUUCUGAACAAUGAGAUUUUUGCCAUCCUGAACAAGUACAUGAAGUCGGUGGAAACAGACAGUUCCACAGUGGAGCAUGUGCGCUGCUUCCAGCCUCCCAUCCACCAGUCACUGGCCACCACCUGCUAGUGUGACACUAACCCUUUGUGCUUUGGGAAGGGAGAAGAGACUGAGCCCAGGAUGACUGGGAGGAUGAACUUGAUGGCGUGAGACCUGGCAACAAAGUAAGACUGGGUAUGCUCACUACAAGGACUUAUCUUCCCAUCUGGCCCUGUUGAGUGCAUGUUCUUCUGUUCCAUCCCUGUGACCAAUUUUACUUGUAGCUUUUGGACU